UGCCAACAACUUCACUUCAUUCGAAUAUCACAUCACAUCAAUCAAUUUUUUUAGUGAUUUGUGGUGUGGGUUUAAUUUUUGCUGAUAAUGAAGAAAAUAUAUCAUAGAUAAGAUAUUGUUUUUGCACAUCUAUAAUUUGAAAAACGUAUCAUAUUAACUUAAACAAGCAGUAUGUCUGGGUUUGAUGAAAAUCCAUUUGGUGAGCCCACCAUAGAUAACCCCUUUGCCGACCCAUCUGUACAACAAGUUGCUAGGAACACAAAUGCGCAAAUUAGGGUAGAUGAUUAUAAUCCUUUUGACAAUCAGGCAUCAGCAGCACCAAAAUCGUAUGCUGCUGCAGUACCCUUAAACAAUGGCCCGGCAGUUAUGCAACCUACUCAAGAACCUCCCAUAUAUACAAAAAGUGGUCAACAGGUAGUUCAACAACCAAAAUCUACAAUAAAUACAGAGGAACUUCAGAGAAGACAAGAGGAACUAGAACGAAAGGAACAAGAAUUAGCAAGAAGAGAAGAAGAAAUGAGACAAUCAUCAUAUAAUGUUAGACGUAACAAUUGGCCUCCAUUACCAGAACAGUGUUGUUUUCAGCCAUGCUUCUAUCAGGAUAUACAAGUUGACAUACCAUUAGACUUUCAGAGAAUUGUCCGACAUCUGUACUACCUUUGGAUAUUUCAUGGUGUUGUGAUGCUAUCCAAUAUUCUCGGAGGAAUCCUAUUAAAAAAUUUUACUGUUAUCGGUGUAGGGAUAUUGUACACGUUGUUAUUUACUCCGUUUUCAUAUCUGUGCUGGUUUAGGCCUGCAUACAAAGCAUUCCGUUCAGAUUCAUCCUUCAAUUUUAUGGUAUUUUUCUUCAUAUUUUUUUUUCAAUUUGUGGUCACCACAAUCCACGCUAUUGGUAUACCUGGAGCAGGAACAAUAGGAAUUUUCACUGCAAUUGCAACAUUUGAUGGUACAGCAUGGACUAUUUUCUGUGGAAUCAUAGGCCUCAUCAUUGCCUUAGGUUUCUCAUUCGCCGCUGCAGCAGAUUUAUUUAUGAUUACCAAGAUUCAUAGAAUGUACAGAAGUACCGGAGCUAGCAUGGAUAAGGCCAGACAAGAAUUUACAGAUGUCGUUCUUCGCAACCAGCAUGUUAGAAGUGCCGCAAGUAACGUUGCUGCCGCUGCAGUGCAAUCGACUCUUAACCAAAAUAAUACUAAUAACACAAGUAGUAGAUACUAAUAUGCUUUAAAAUUGUUCUUAUAAAUAUUAAAGUCACUAAGUAUUUUAUUCCAUUUUAUUUGUCAUUCUAUUAUUCUAUUAGCCAAAAUUUUAAUUAAUUAAUUGUUAAUACACAAUGAAAAUUAAUCCUAAUUCUUAGUUAGUUAUUAUAAUGCAUAUAGGAUUUUUUUUAUUUGCUGUGCCGGCUUAAUGAGAUUGUGAUCAGAUGAUAUGUAUAGUACCUACAAGGUGCGUUCUAUUAUAUUCAUUCAUCAUCGAGUUUGUAUACUUACAUUUAUUAGUUAAUCGUUUAUAUUUAUGUUAAAUAAUAUAGGCAACGUUUCAUACUGUUAUUUUUAUUAUAAUUAUUAUGAGUUAUCAGAAUAGUUUAGUACAGG